AUGUCGCGCGCGUGGACGACGCGCCCGCAGCGCGCGCCGCCGCCGCGCGCGGCGAUGCCCCCUCUGGGCGGCGGCGGCGGCGGCGCGACGCCGACGCCGACGCCGACGCCGACGUCGUCCUCCCUCGACGUCUUCCGACUCCUCGUCCCCGAGCUCGCGACGCGCGCGCUGACGCCGUCGGUCGUGCGCGGCGUCGCGAGCGACGCGCGCGCGAUCGUGCGCGUGGACCGCGUGCACGGCGUCCACGAGCGCAUCGUGCUCGUCGCAGACGACGACGCCGCCGCGAGACGCGAGACGCGCGAGCGCGGACGCGGACGCGGCGUCGAGCGCGAGGAACCGACGCCCGCGCAGCGCGCGCUGCUCGCGUUGCACCAGCUCGCGUCCGCGCGCGCGCUCGCGCUCGCCCCGCGCGCGCCGCCGCCGCCGCUGCGGCUGCUGCUGACGCGCCGCGAGGGCGCGUGGCUGCGCGAGAGAGGCGUCGUCGCGUGGGCGCGGGACGUCGCGGGCGCAGCCGUGCGCGCGUACGCCGCGGCGGCGGCGGCGGCGGCGGCGGAGGACGAGGUUCUGGAGAUUGGCGCGUGGCCGCCGCUCGCGCUCGGCGCGGCGUUACGCGCGGUCACGACCGGGCUGUUGACGAUGCGCGAAGAAGAGCGCGACGUCGACGCCGCGGCGGUUCGUGUUCCGCGACGGUUCGAGUUCGGGUUCGAGUUCGCGCCGCCGCGGGGGGUUCCGCCAGGGUUCCGUCCGGUUCCGCCGACCCCGCCGCGGGGUCCCGCCGAGCGCGCCGUCACGGACCACCUGCGCGUCGCGGUCGAGCUCGUCGCGACCGGGGUCAUCGGGAAGAAGGGCGAGCACUUGACGCGCGUGAGGAACACGUCGCGAGCGAAGGUGUGGUCGUUCGGCGUGCGCGUUCGGGGUUGGUUUUCUCCCGCCGCCGCGCCGUUUCUUUUCGAUUUCGCCGCGCGCUGA